AUGGCAGCGGUCGAUUCUGCGACUAGUAGUUUUCAAAAUCAGCAAAAUAAUGAGCAAGCAAUACGUUUGAUUUUACUUGGUAUGACAGGAGGUGGUAAAAGUUCUUUGGGCAAUACAUUACUUAAUUUCAAACUAUUCAAAGCAAAAGCAUCGCCCACUUCUGUCACCAAGAAUUGUCAAGUUGGUUAUCGAAAUUUUAACAAUCGACACCUUGUUAUUGUUGAUACUCCGGGAUUCUUUGAUAAUCAUGCUAAUGCUAAAGAGAAUUAUAAUGAUAGUGGUAGUGAUAAUGAUAAUGAUAAUGAUAAUGAUAGUGAUAGUAAUAAUGAUAAUGAUAGUGAUAGUGAUAGUGAUAAUGAUAAUGAUACUGAUAAUGAUAAUGAUACUGAUAAUCAUAAUCAUAAUCAUAGUGAUAAUGAUGAAAAAACAUGUAUUAAAAUUGGCCAAUCACUUCAAACAACAGUCCCAGGUCCACAUGCAUUUCUUAUUGUACUUUCACUUAGUGCAGGAGGACGAGUGACAAAAGAAGUUAAAAGAGGAUAUAAAUGGAUAACGAAGAUAUUCGGUGAUCGUGUAUUAAACUAUUGUAUUAUUAUCUUUACUGGUUUAGAUAAUCUUAAUGAAGAUGGACAAACAGUGAAACAAUAUUUAGCAAAAUGUAAACCACCUUUAGCUAAAUUAAUGGAAAAAUGUGGUGAGCGAUACGUGGCUUUCAAUAAUCGGGCUUCGCUAGAAGAGAAAAAUAAUAAAAUUCAAGAAUUAUUAGAUUUAAUUGACCGCGUUAUACAAAAUAAUGGUAAUCAAGUGUUCACGAAUAAAGAAAUUGAAGCAAUUAGCAAAUUACUUUGGCAUCUUGUUUGUCUCGACGAUCAUAGCGAUGAGGUGCUUCGACAUCAUCUCUAUGAACUUGAUCCUUGUAUAAGAACAUUCGAUCGAUUCGAUAUAUGUCAAAAAUAUCUUGAUUCAAUUAGUCAACGUACCAUUGCUACGAAACCGGUUCUAUUUGUUGCUAUUAAUAGAAUGGGGCGACAAUUUAUACCUGAAAUUCAUUCAAAUGAUCGACUUAAAGCUUUUUAUAUUUUUAUUUCUUCAGAUUCAACUAGCGAUCGAAAAACCAAAUGGACUACAAAAUAUAACAAGAUAAAACGUGUAUGCGCCGAUAUCAAUCAAUUAAUCACAUAUAUUAAACAAGAUGCUGCUGUUCUUACACAUAACAUCAUUCGAAUUUAUUUGACUUUAAUUUGGGUUCCAAUAAUUGCUCCUGUUUAUCGUUUAGAUUAUAAAGAUAUUCAUAAUGUUUCGCCGUCUUCAACAAAACCUGCAAGACAACGAAAUAAUCAAGAUUAUAUAGUCUGCUGGCUCGAUUUGAAUAUUGAUGAGACAAACAAUGAUUAUCAAUAUUCUCUUUCCCUACUACAUCAAAUCGUGGAUACUAUUCACACAUUUACUAGUGCGGAUGAUUGUGUAGAUUAUUUUACCGAUUUAACGGAUGAAAAAAUAUUCCUUAUUGUUUCUGGUGCUUUUGGCCAACAUAUCGUACCAUUAAUUCAUGAAAUACCGCAAAUUAAAUCAAUCUAUGUAUUUUGUGGUGUAAAUAAAUCGAAUUAUGAAGCAUGGGCUAAAGAGUAUGGAAAAAUAAAAGGUGUCUUCACUCAAAUUGUAUCCAUUUGUGAUAUACUUGAGCAAGAUGUUCAUCAAUCAAAUCAUGAUUUAAUAGCAAUUAGUUUUGUCCCAUCAUCUGACUCGUUCAUUAAUGUCAAAUUAGAUCAACUGGAUCCGUCAUUUAUGUAUACAAAGCUACUCAAAGAAAUUCUUCUCGACAUGAACAAUAUUGGUAGUGUUUUGCGAAAUCAAAAUCAAUUAAACGAAGCGUUAGAAUACAUGGAGCGAGCUCUUAACAUCGAACUUCUAGCUCCACAACCCAAUUCACUUAAAAUUGCUUCUUAUCAUAACAAUAUUGGUCUCGUACUGACUGAUCUGAACAAUUUCAAUAAUGCAUUAAUACAUUAUGAACAAGCGUUCGAAAUUCAACAGAAAUACUUGCCACCAAAUCAUCCUGAUCUUGCUACAUCAUAUAAUAAUAUCGGCGCUAUUUAUAAUGAACUUCAAGACUAUAGCAAAGCUUUAUCUUUUUACGAAAAAUCUCUUGAUAUAAUGCAACAAUCGCUGCCACCCAACCAUCCUGAUCUUGCCGUGCCAUACAAUAAUCUUGCCUCUAUUUACAAUGAACUUCAAGAAUACAGUAAAGCUUUGUUAUAUCAUGAAAAGUCUAUGCAAAUCAUGCAAAAAUCAUUUCCACCCAAUCAUCUAUCUUUAGCUUUCGGUUACCAUAAUUUGGCAUUAACAUUUUAUCGUUUACAUUUGUAUGAAAUCGCGCUAGAGUAUGGUGAAAAAGCGAUAGAAAUAUAUUAUCGUGCAUUGGAACCUAAUGAUCCACAAGUGAUAACUUGUCAAGAGACUCUGAAUGCAAUUCGUGAAAAAUUAUAA